CUUCAUUUCUUCACUAUACCUCACACUCCUACUUAAAUAUUUUCUUUUUCUUCCAUUCUUAUCCUGUCAAAAAAACUUCAAAUUAGCUACACUAACUACAUUUUUACGGUUUUAAUUACCAUGGAAGUUUCAACAGCCCUGAUGAUCCUAUCAGCUUUUGCAGCUUAUUUACUUUGGUGGAAAUUCAUCUCACGAUCACUUACUGGUCCACGUGUCUGGCCCUUAGUGGGUAGUCUUCCUGGUUUGAUUGAUAAUGUCGACCGUAUGCAUGAGUGGAUUGCAGACAAUCUCCGAUCCUCUGGUGGUACGUAUCAGACUUGCAUAUGUGCAAUUCCUUUUCUAGCCCAAAAGCAAGGUCUCGUGACUGUCACGUGCGACCCCAAAAAUGUAGAACACAUAUUGAAGGCUAAGUUUGAUAAUUACCCCAAGGGUCCUACUUGGCAAGCUGUAUUUCAUGAUUUGCUCGGUGACGGGAUCUUUAACUCUGAUGGCGACACGUGGCUGUUUCAGCGUAAGACUGCCGCGCUCGAAUUCACCACCAGGACUCUUCGCCAAGCCAUGGCUCGGUGGGUUAGCCGAGCUAUUAAGCAUCGGUUUUGUCCUAUACUUGAAUCGGCUCAGCUUCAAUCACGAGCCGUUGAUCUUCAAGACUUGCUUCUUCGGAUUACUUUUGAUAAUAUUUGCGGCUUGGCUUUCGGUAAGGAUCCGGAAACUCUCUCUCCCGAGCUUCCGGAAAACGGCUUCGCCGUGUCAUUCGAUCGAGCCACUGAAGCCACGCUGCAACGCUUUAUUUUGCCUGAAAUUGUGUGGAAGUUGAAAAAAAUGUUUGGGCUUGGAAUGGAAGUCAGCUUGAGCCAAAGCCUUGACCACAUAGACAACUACUUGUCUCAAAUCAUUAACACACGUAAGCUGGAGUUGCUAAGUCAACAAAAAGGAGUUGCCAAUGGAAACCCCCAUGAUGACUUGUUAUCGAGGUUUAUGAAGAAAAAAGAAUCCUACUCAGACAAGUUCCUUCAACAUGUGGCAUUAAAUUUUAUCCUAGCUGGACGAGACACAUCAUCGGUGGCAUUGAGUUGGUUUUUCUGGUUGGUGAUUAAGAAUCCACUAGUGGAAGAAAAAAUUAUCACUGAAAUUUGCACCGUUUUGAUGGGGACACGUGGCAAUGACAUGACUAAAUGGUUAGACGAGCCAUUAGGAUACGAAGAAGUUGACCGAUUGAUAUACCUUAAGGCGGCAUUAUCAGAAACAUUAAGGUUGUAUCCUUCAGUGCCACAAGAUUCAAAGCAUGUCAUCUCCGACGAUAUUCUACCGGACGGAACCCAUGUUCCGGCAGGAUCAUCAGUCACGUAUUCAAUAUAUUCAAUCGGUCGCAUGAAAUUUAUAUGGGGAGAUGAUUGUCUAGAAUUCAAACCCGAACGAUGGUUAUCUCCGGAUAGCAACAAAAUUAAUUCUUUCAAUUUUGUUGCCUUUAAUGCAGGUCCAAGAAUUUGUUUAGGCAAAGAUUUGGCUUACUUGCAGAUGAAGUCUAUUGUCGCAGCUGUAUUACUCCGCCACCGGCUUUCCGUGGUGCCGGGCCACCGUGUCGAGCAAAAAAUGUCACUGACCUUGUUUAUGAAGUAUGGCUUAAAGGUCAAUGUGCAUCCAAGGGACUUGAAUCCUGUAGUGGAAAAGAUCAUAAACGGAAAUGGUAUUAUUACCAUUAAAGCCGACAAUCGUGAAAAAGUGCAUAUAAUUCAACAGUUCACGGCGUAAGUUUGGAAUGGGGUACUCAGAAGGGUCAGUUUUUCAUGGAUAAUGCCAAACUGAAUGGAGGAUUUUUACCAGCUAUGGUUGUUUCUUGUACGAAGAAGGGACUAUGUAAAGUUUUGGGAAUUGUUGUGGAUUAUUAUGGUCUGAAAGAUUUGAAAUUGCAAAAACAAAAGAAUCUUCCAAAACAAGAUUAUAUUAGCGGAGGAUAUUAUUUGUAAUGCCUUUCGUAAGGCUGUUCUUUAAUUUAAUAAUUGUAAUAGUCCUUUUCUGUAUUCGAGUAUGCAUUUUUUUAGAAAUUCUGAUUGUAUUUUAUUUGGAUGAUUCAAAUGCUUUCUCAUUUAGUCGUAACUUUUAGUGUGCAACUUGUUUGCUACUUUUUAUCCGAAAAUUUUGUGUAGUUACGCCUUUUGGCACUUCUUUGUGGCCUUUUAUAAAAAAAAGAUAUGCAUAAAAAAAAGUUACCAUAUGUAAUAUCUAAUUUUAUCAUAAUUA